UCUCGCUUUCUUUUCCCUAGUCAGUACUAGAAAUGGGUCUGUAAUCAGCUAGGGAGAUUGUGAUUAAUUAAAUAAUUGCAUAUAAAGAGAAUUUGAAGCCAAUAUAGCUAGGUAACUUGUUCGAAUAGUUAUACACCCAGUGUGGUCCUUUGAAACAUCUAUUUAUACUCUGUUCGGAUGUUCAAAGAUACCUUUGUUAAAUUAGAAAAUGAAGCUCAUGUUUUCCGUAUUUAUUUCCUUUACAGAAGCCUUCGGUCGCAGAGAAUUAUUAUUCAUAUAAAUUUGGUGACUGCUGUUUUGCUUGCUCAAGUCUUAUUCCUUGUGGCAGCUUUUGGAGUGAAACCACAGACAUCACAGGUUGCUUGUUACGCAGUCGCAGUUGGGCUCUUUUUCUUUUUCCUAUGUGUUUUUUCGUGGAUGCUCGCUGAAGGAAUCCAUAUUUACUUCAUGGUGGUCAGAGUCUUUGAGUCAGGAAGAGGAAGGAAUCUAUAUUACACGUGUAUAGGAUGGGGUUUCCCAUUCACCGUAACUGUAAUCGUCGUUGCCAUUUUUCAAAAGAGGCUUCUUUCAAAGGAAAUUUGCUGGUUGUCAGUGGAGACAGGAGCUAUUUGGAGCUUUGUUGGUCCAGCCAUCUUUGUCAUGACGAUUAAUUUGGGCAUACUCACAAUGGUAAUGAGAGUAACCUCAAAAAUGUUAAAUGAAGAAUCGCCAUCUAAUGCUAGGUCUUUGGCAAAAGCUUUUGUCACUCUUCUUCCAAUUCUGGGUCUGACGUGGGUAUUUGGACUUCUUGCUGUUAACAACAACUCUGUGGUAUUUGAGUAUCUUUUUGCCAUAUUCAAUUCCUUACAGGGCUUUCUUAUCUUUCUCUUCUACUGCCUAAAGAAUACAGAGGUCAGAAGAGAGUUCAAAAGGAAACUGCACAAUCUUGAGGCACAAAGACAUCCGAACACUUCUUCAAACCCUUCGACCACCCCAAAGAACCCGCCACCGGAAAUUAAAAGUGAUCAUCAUCGUACACUACAAGAAAUGAUGGCAAAAGAAACAAGUUUUGAGACCAAACUAUGAACGAAGCUCACUCAAUUCAAUAUGCUUAUCACAGGUCACGUACCCAUUACGUGCUGAUAAUUUUAAGAGAUAGAGAAUAAAUUUACUCGGUAUCACAUUUAUUCUUCAGGUCACGUACCAUUAUCAGAUUGGCCUUACGCCAAGUCACGUCCAUUACAUAUCUGGAAACACUUUUUUAUGUAUCUCAAUAAGGCCCCGCCCACACUACGCCGGAGGAAUUUGAAAAAGGAGGUUUCACACUGAAAACGCAUCAAAUGUUUUGCGUCCACAUUACGCCGAAGGAAUUUAAAAACAAAACAAUCAGCGGUCAUUUUGAAUUUGAGUUUGGGGAAAAUUGGGUCAGGGAAAUCGCAGGAACACGAAAACGAAAAGCCGACGUUUGCAAAUUCUUCCGAUUUGAAAUGCCUUUUCGAAAAGCUCCGUUUUCGUGACGGAUAAGUGUGGACGGCAGGUCCAACCGUAGAAAUAAGGCUGCGUUUUCAAAUUUCUCCGUCGCACUAUGGAAGCUGUCUGCGAAAACAGAGAAGAAAAGAAUUCAUUGUGCCACAGCCGCAAUCAUUACAGGGAAAAAAAGAAAAUGUUGGUAGCCAAACAGAUUAGGGGGACCUUUACUGAGAUAACAAUACCCCGCCAGAAAGGGCAAAAAUUGAGAAAGCAUUGUUAACCUUUUUUCCAAAACUGAUAACUGUUCUUUUAUAUAUGCUUAAAAAUAGAAAGCGCCCAGUGGCUGACGUUUCCAGUGAUAAGAUCUCCAUCAGUCUCAAAAACCUUUCUACGAUAGAGCGAGUUUCAUAUGACCCUGAAGUGAUUACAGGCAAUGUGAAUAUAGAAUAAUGCAGACAACAACAAAUGGCAGUGUUUUGUCUAGCGAAUGUAGAAAUACAAAUGCUCUCUUGACCUCGCAGUGAUUCCCGGGUGGUGAUUUCACCGGUUUUGAUUGAGUCCAUAUCGAACAGUGCAUUUCUCUUCGAAAACAAGAGAAUCCAGAGAAACGAGCGUAUCCGCGUUCAGCUAUUGGCCGGCGUGUCACAAUUAAGAAAAUUCGAGAUAGAUCAAAAGUGACAAUCAACGUAGUGUGUGGACAGACUUUCCAAAAUGUAAAAUGUAAAACAGUAUACGCCUGGAUAAAUAUAACGAUGUUAAUUACCUCUAAUUACUUAUAACAUGAUAAAAAUAGAUCCGAAUAAGAGCACUGUCUCCUUAUGUACUGAUCAUAGCUACAGUUCGAGAUAGCAGAUAUAUAAUGUUGUCUUUUCAGUUUCUUUAGCGCUCGAAUGGAAUCCCUUUUCUUUUUUUUUUUUUUCGAGAGCUCUUUCUCGGUGCGCCGCCCGGGACCUUCUUAGGUUCACUCAUAUUAAAUGUUAAAUAUUAACCGUUCGAAACAACAAGAACUAUUUGAAUAAACCUUUGAUUUUCUUCUGAUGUAUCGUGAUAACAAGAUAGACACGCGCUAUCCUCUCAUAGAGAGAACCUUUCUUAAUGCCAAGUUCAUUACAUUGAAAACGCCGGCUUCCUCAGUCAUCCGAUAGUCACGGAGUAAGCUCGUAAUGAAAGGCUUUUGAAGGAGAAUGAACAGGCCUGGACUUUUUCUCAAGAUUCUACCGAUCUCUUUUGCAUCCGACUAAUUAGACCGGUUCUAUGGGCAGGCCGCCGGGCGGCAGCGCGGCAAGUGCCGCCAGCAAUUAAUUACUUUAAAGGGGCGGGAUCUGCACAAGCCGAAAAGAUGCAUAAUGCUGGCCACCAAUGAUGAGUGAAAAUGACGGAGGGUAGCAGAAAUACAAAAAAAUCCUAGAAUAAAUAAAAUGAAACUACCACCCUGAACAAUAUAUCCUUGAGUGGGCAUCUGCGAGUGUCAAGGAAAUGAGAGACAGAGGAGUCAGCCUGUAAAAAUGUAACCCACGUGGGCACUUCAGUCUCCCGCAAAGGCUAGCCCUGGAAUCUAAUCUACUCUUUUAUAGUUUGCUUCUCGUCGUUCGAUUGACCGGCAAUCCAGCAGGUUCGAGACUGUGUAGCAAUCGAUUUCGUUGCGCCGAUAGCAAGGCAGGCUGCUCAUUAUCGAGCGGGUCCCCUCCUUUACUAUUUUUCCAUCAUAUGACAAGCCCAAUAGCUAAGCAGGACAGUAGCCCCACGAAGAGAAACGGCAAUGUCGAAAUGGCGCUUUAGCAAGUUUGACAAACCUGAUGCCAUCAUCUGAUAAAAAGAUUAAAAAGGACUUUGGAAAGUGGGAUGCCAAAAACCUUUAAUCAUCCAGUCACUUCCUGAACUAAUUCUUACUUGCCCUGGUGAAAUAGAAUGUAUUAACUUAUUUCCGGCCACUUAUUAGCCGGAAAUAUUGGUCUCGUGCCAAGCUCGUCUGAUUUGUUAGGCUAUUCUUAGUCUGCUCAGAUCUGCGUAAAACAUAAAAGCUUGGUCAGCGCUUUUUUUCUCUCUCAAGUAACAGCUCCCUAAAAAUAUGAAACAAAGGAACUUUUGUGUGGCUACAGACGACAAAACAGUCUAUGAAAAAACUUAACGACGAACUCAAAAUACAUGUUAUAAGACCUGGUUUAAUUCAAUGUGAAAGCAGUAGUGGAAGUUGCUCUCGGAGGGAUAUUUUCAGACUUGAGGUCUUAAUCGAAGAGACUUCUGUAAAGAACAAAUGAGCUACUCGGCCAUGGACUGUAGGUAUUGAUCAUGCGACGAAUCAUGAGGUCCAUGAGUAUACACUCUAUUAGACGAUCACCUUCCCCCAUGGGCGAAAGUGUCAUUCGUGAAAUACGUUCAAUAUGGCCGAUGUUUACAGUGAAAUGACUUGUUAGAAGCGACAGUUACUUGACCCGUUUUGGUUCAGUAAGAAGCUGAUAUAAAGCCAUAAGGAACUUCGACGAAAACAGGCCUAACCAAUUACUAAUUAAAAUUUACCAUUUAGCGGUUCCAAAAAAACACUGAUUAUAUUGCACUUCUGACAAAUAUUGAUUCAACUGCGCGAUUUACAAAAUAAACAAAAAAAAUGGUUUCAAAACUCCUUUUCAAUCAGCAGCGGCCCAGUAAAAAUGAACGAUAUUUCUGUACACAGACAGAUAGGAUAUUACGGGGAUAUUAUUGAUUAUUAAGAAGCUGGAACAUUGAAUAAUACAGUUCAACAGUUUUCAUUGGCUUAGCCGCUCCGCUUAGCCACUCAACUCUCCGCGCUGUCUCCGAACGCCUUUGUUUUGGGCCGCCUGGCUUCUAGGACAACUACAGGUUUCCAGUUUGAUCUUCAAAAUCUUUCUUUUGUUUCUUCGCAUAUGUUUUAACAUGGAAGGGAAAUUAUUACUGUAGUUUAAUGGCCCUUUCCUGGGAUCCUGUUAUGAUUUUUACCUAAUUACAGUCGUUCAGAGGCCUUCAAUGGGAAGCCUGUUACUUCAGAGUAAACACUACUAAUUAAGUUAGAUUUUUUCUCUCUAGUUUUUGUCACUCAUUUGUAUUCAUUCCGCUGAGACGUUGUUCAAGACAAAACUUCCAGAAAUUCACUGCUAAGCUUUUUACUUUCACGUAGACAUGACCAUAAAAUCUGUGGUAUCUCUAAGGGUCGCGAUCGUGGUCUUAAAAGCAUACCAAACAUAUAAAUAAUCCUAAAAGUAUGUCAAUAGCUUGGUUUGAGUUGUUUGACUACUGCACUGUCGGUCUGUUUGUGUUUACCAUCUACUGUGCAGUUAUGUACAUUAAUUUUCUGACACAGCACCAUGAUCAGCUGUUAUAUUGGCUCACUUAGUCGUACAAAUAGUGGCUGUUUCAGUUUAUAAAAUAAUAGGAUUUGGUUGAGCGCCACAGGAUAUCGAGCAGUCGGGGGUAAGCGGCUACUGCAGCGGAAAGAGUGUGCAAAUAAUUCUGUUGAAAGAAGACAGGCGCUCGAAAGGACAUAUUUAGCCGAAGCAGUGCCAAUUUUAGUCUAAGCAUUCAAGGCAAAUGUAGUCGGGCGACUUCUGUGACGCGAAUUUUGAAAGUGAUAUUACCAAGUCUAUCAGUUAAGCUGGGGUUUAAUUUGGAGGCGUGAUGUAUGUGAACCAUUAAACCGCACGCUUUCUGCUUUUGUUUUAAUUUCGUUUCU